CGUCCUAUUUGCUUUUGUGUUUAAGUGCUGCACCGAACACAGUACGAACAAACUUAGACGUCCUUUAGAGCUUCCUAACUAACAAACAGUAAAGAAGAGUACACCUUUAAGCCCCCAGAGUGCACCGAGUUCGUGUAUUCGUGAAUAAAAAAAAAAGAAAAGAAAGAGGCGCAUGAUAUGACAGUUCAUUUACCGCGCAGACCACUGUUGGGCAGCGCGUGUACAGUAAAGUGAGGGACCGACUAUGUCUGCGUCUUUAAGCAGAACUCUAUACGGACUGCUGCAUGAUGUCAGCCUGCUCUCGGUCCGUGCGCUGCUCGUGUGAGAGCCGCAUUUUACUUCCUGCACAGGGACAGGAGCGGGCAGAGAAAGAGAGAGUGGGAUAGCGAGAUGGGGGGACGAGCGGCCGAGACAGGACUAAAAGUGAUAGAGUGAGCUAGCGGACGAGACGAAGGAGGAAACCCCGGCCUGCUUGUCUCUUCUGUUUUUUUCUUUUCUUUUUUUUUCUUUUUUUUUUUUUUUUUUUUUUAAAGAAGAGAAGAGAAUCCUACAAAGUUUAGAGGUUAUCCAGCCUGCCACAUCUGCGCCAGCUGACAGCCUCAGUCUAUGGAAUAGCGACAAAUCGGAUGUCUUUCUUGGUGGAAGAGUGAAAAUCUGAAAGCCCAUCUUCCUCUCCCCCUUCGGCCAACAUGUCCCAGCUGCUCCAUGUGGAGAUCCCGAAUUUUGGAGCCACGGUUCUGGGCUCCCUCAAUGAGCAGCGGCUGCUGGGACAUCACUGUGACGUAUCCAUAUUGGUAAAAGGUCAGGCUUUUAAAGCCCACCGGGCCGUUUUGGCGGCCAGCAGCCUCUACUUUCGUGACCUCUUCAGCAGCUCAACCAAGACUCAGUUUGAGUUGCCUUCCUCAGUCACACCUGCUUGCUUUGAGCAGAUCCUCACAUUCUGCUACACAGGGAAGCUAACGAUGGCAGCGAGCGAACAGCUGGUUGUCAUGUACACAGCUGGCUACCUCCAGAUUCAGCAUAUAGUUGAAAGAGGCAUGGACCUAAUGUUUAAGGCAAGCUCACCUCACUGUGACUCGCAAACUGCCGGGUCCUUAGAGGAGACGGGAUCAGAGCCACAGAGUCCUCUCAAUAAUGGAAUCGGCCUAUCAGUAGCCAGCGUUCUGGCAACCCAAAGCUGGUCUACAUCCUCCCUACUCUUGCCGCAGCGUAAAAUUAAAAUAGAAGUGGGUGAACCAACACCGAUUUCCACACCCUCAACUCAAACCAAGAUUUCAACCUCGGAGCUGGGAAGCCGGUUGGCAAGAGCCUUCUACACAGCAGCUGGAGGCCCUGCCAUUCCUGGUAUGCCUACCUUCCACCUUCAAGGAACUACUGGAGGCGGAGCCGGGGGUGGGGCAGGCGGAGGAACAGGUGGGGAAAGGUCCAGCCCAGGAGAGUUGAGCCUUCCCACCACCGACAGCCCCACAUCCUACCAGAAUGAUGACGAGGAAUUUGAGGAAGAGCAAUAUGACGGGAUCACAGAGGAUGCCUACAGUCAGCUCUAUGGACGUCCCACUAACCCCUAUGGGAUCCAGGACAAGCCAGAGUUGGCAGCAAUGCCAUUGGCCUUGGAAAACCGCAACUGCGUGCUCAUCCGCAGAGACCUGGUGGCACUUCCUGCAAGCCUCAUAAGCCAGAUUGGCUACCGCUGCCACCCUAAGCUCUACACUGAGGGGGACCCAGGAGAGAAGCUGGAAUUGGUCGCUGGAACCCAGGUGUUCAUGACACGAGGCCAACUCAUGAACUGCCAUCUGUGUGCCGGUAUCAAACACAAAGUGUUGCUUCGUCGUCUCUUAGCCACGUUCUUUGAUAGAAACACUCUGGCAAAUAGCUGUGGGACAGGCAUCCGCUCUUCUACAAGUGACCCAAGCAGAAAGCCCCUGGACAGCAGGGUCCUCAAUGCUGUGAAACUCUACUGUCAAAACUUUAACCCUAACUUCAAGGAGAGUGAAAUGAAUGUGAUCGCUGCUGACAUGUGCACAAACGCAAGGCGGGUCCGCAAGAGAUGGCUCCCAAAGAUCAAGUCCAUGCUGCCUGAUAGCAUGGAAGUGUACCGGGCAGGCAUGGGCAUGAGUGCUGCUGCCGCCGUUGGUCUGAACCUAGCCCUGGGUGCCCCUCAGUCAGGAGUUUCUCUUUCCUUUGAGCAUGAUUUGAAGAGCCUAGAGCAAAGGUUGUAUCCAGAUCGCAAGGACCCUCUCAGGACUCAUGCAGCCAGCCCCGGCGCAGGGUCGGCUGGAGCAGAAGCCGAAGGUGAAGGAGAAGCAGCAGUCCAGGAGGAUCAGGAGGAAGAUGACGACGAAGCUGGAUCGGAGGGCCCGGACCGAUCACUGGGGGCACCGAUUUUGGUGUCGGUGGUCGGAUCAGCAGAUACGCCCCCCGAACAAGGGGCGGAAAGUUUUGGACAAAAUCUGAGGUUGAACGGACAGUGAAUCUCCCUCCCACGUCGUGAAAUGUGUUCAGCACUCACAUUUACUUCUUCUCACUGUCUCAUCCGUCACUCUCUCCUCUCCUCUGUGCUUCCUCGACAGGGAAAUUUUGUUCUCCGCACACAAAGCAGCACUCGCAACUUUUAUCAGACAAAAGUUGGUUGCACAUGCAUGCGCUCUUGUGUGCUUGUGUAUUUACAAACUUACAUGCAGUGAAAUAAAAAUAAAAAUACACAGCUAUUAAAAGCAUACACAGGCAUGGCAUUAGUCAGUUCAGGUCCAAGUAUGUAUUCAGCACUUGGGCGUCUGCAGCGUUAUUCCAAAAGGUCAAAAUAACAAAACAGAUGAGUAUAAUGAUUCAGCACCACCAACAGCUGGUUUGCAGCAGGCUCUAGUUUGUAGUGUAAUAUUAUUUUAUAAAGUGACUUGGAAAAUUGUAUUUGACAAACAUAACUCUACAGCAAGACCACUUUACCUCCCAUUACUAUUUGUAUAGAAUUGCUUAGAAAAUAAGAAACCCUUUCCCUUAUUGUACCUUGUAUCGCUUUGCCCAAGUAUCAGACCCCUUGAACCUGUCCAUUUUUUUUGUCGCAGCUACAAACUUUAUUGAAUUUUAUUCGGAUUUUACGUGACAGACCACCAAAAAGCAGUUCAUGUAUGUGAAUCGAGCUUGAGUUAAUUCAAUACGUGAAGAAAAUGCUGUAGUGUUUUCUACUAUUUUUAAGCAAAUACAUUUUUAUUCACCCCCACCCUUGAGUCAGUACUUCCUAAAUUUCACUGCACUUUCAGAUGUUCUGAUCAGCAUUGCACAUGAAGUCUGAAAGUUCUUGUCCUUUUUCUCCACUGAAAAUAAUGUCAUUUACUGUAACCCGAAUUCGUCAAAUUGAAUUGAGAGUAUUAAGAAUAUUUUAGAUUUAUGGUGGGGUUUGUUUGUUUUUUUUGCUUAAAAUUUAGCAUUGUUUUCUCAUGUAUGAUUCCACCUCACAAUCACACACAACUUUGUGCUGAUUUCUCACAUAAAUUCCCUAAAAAGUACAUUAAAAGUUUGCAAUAAUACAUGAUAGCAUAUGACAUGGAAAAGUUCAAAAGGUAUGGAUACUUUUACAACACACUGUGUUGUAUCGCUUUUAUGAUGAAAAUUACAAAAUAUUAUUUUCUGCAAGUACUUGCUUUUUUUUCCCAUAACCCUAAGAAAAAAUGCAAGAUAACAAAUCUAUCACACGUAUGUGUUGUUUUCUUGUGCAUAUCUAGUCAGACAUAUCAGACAAGACUGUCAAUGUGGUGCCUGUGUCUGCUCCAGUCCACACCUCCCAAGCCGCACAUAUGUACAUGCAAAUAAACACACAAACACUUAUUCAUUCAUCAUUACAUUUCUGUAAUACAAGCAUUUAAUGUACUGAUGUAAUCAAAUGGCACACUGUCCAAAAGAAUAUGUUGCAGUGCUUUUUAACUCCAAAAAUCACAGAAUUCUUGGAGAUACAGAGACAUGAAUAAAAACAAGAGAAAAUGUCAAGACUUGCAUGCAUUAGUCCAAACAAUGGCUGGAAAUAUUUGUUAGCGAGAACGGCAAAGUCCCAUUUUUGCAUUGAAAUAAGAUAACAACUACUUUUGCCUGGAGCUGUCAUGUUAAAAACUAGAAGCACUUUUUCCAUUUCUUUCUGGAAAAAGGCCGCCAAAUGUUACAAAUGAUCUUGACGUAACCCUGCUUUGACUGUUUCUGACACCGAAUUAGUUUGAGUUUGUUAUUGUUGUUUUGGUUUUUUUUCUUAUUUGUAUGAAUUCUGCAGAGUGUAUUGUCCACUUAAAUGGAGAAGAGUGAAUAUAUGAAGUGCACUACACUGAAAAAACAAAAACAAUGCCAGAGAGGAGUACUGUUCCACCUUCAUGACGGGUCGUGAAAUGUUUUGGAGUCAAUUCUGUCCUGUUUCCAUCCUGUUCUCGUUGUUAGUUUGAUUACUCGCUCUCCAAUGGGGAAAUGAGAUGGUGGGUAAAUUAUUUAAAGAAAAAUUUUAAGAGCAAAUUACGCUGGUUUACUGCGUUUGCACUCAAGAGAGUGGGGGAAGCCAAGGAUUCUGGAAAAGCGGCUCCUGCAAAAGACUGCAAAUCCCCACCACGUUACCCUGAUUACAUAGUCAAUCAGACACUCUGUGGGCUCAGAUAGAAACAACGGGUCUCUAUUGACGAUGACUGUUUCUGUGUUUUGUUGGGGCAACGGAGGCCGUGCAUUCGUCAAGCCUGUUUUCUUUUUUUGAUGUCUGUUUUCAUGCUUGUUGCCGUUGCCAUGCAUAGGACCCAGUCCAAAGAGCCUUUCUUUGUUGGUUUUCUUUCAUCCAUUGAUUUAAAAUGAUGCACUGUUGAAUGUCGCCCCCUGUUCUUUGCUUGUCGUGGGUUUCAAUCAGCAGUCGAAGAACGUUUAAUUACAAAAGCAGACCAUAAAUUAUAAUUGUUAUCACAAAUAUUCUAAAAAAAAAAAAAAUGUGGUGAUUGCACAAGGAGGAUGUUUAAGGAGAUGCCCCUGGUAUAUUUGAUCUGUUAUGUAUUUUUUCAGUGAUGUGCCACUUUAGAGGUUGGGCCAAAUUUUUCUCUGUCUUCGACAAGUAUAUCUCGGAUCUUUAGGGUAAGCUUUUAGAUAGCCCUGCACAUAAAAAAAACAGGGUCAAGAUUGCACUAUAGGUAAUGUUCAUUACGUUUACAGUUUUUUCUUUCUAUUUUAUAUUUUUCCCCCUUUGGGAAGAACUGUAAUCUGCCCCAGAUAAGCCAGGGUUAUGAAUGGCCAAGAUGAUGGUUGAAUGUAAAUUGUAGCAUUGAGGGUCACAGUCUUUUUUUUAUUUUUAUGAUAUAGUAAAUUAUUGAAUCUCUUUGUUUAGUAUGUGGCUUCAUUUUUUAUUCACAUAAAUUGCUAACUUAAAAAAAAAAAAAAGAAAUAUUUCGAAAUUGAUACAAACAAGUCUUCCAGUGUGUUGACGCACAGGCAGAAGUAUUCUAAUAAGUGUAAAACUGAGGUUUGUUUCAGUUACUCCACAUAAUUUUAAAUAUGCUCAUCUAAUGGUGAAAUGAAAAUAUUUACUAAAUUACAGCAUCAUCUUGUCUUAAUUUAUUUGACGUUGCUCUAGUGAGGGAAUAAAUAAAUAAUCUAACUUUUUUGCCUAUUGGGUUCAUCUCUUGUUUUGUCAAAUAAGCUAACUGUGUAAAAAAUUUACUAAAUAGUUAAAAAUAAAUACAUUUAUAUUGAAAGGCAAGUCACCUUAAAAUCAAAACCCACCAUUGUCCCUUACUAAAUCGGUUAAAGUGGUCCGAGUUUAAAAUAUAUUGAAUCUGUACAAUUAAAUCUCUGCUUCCUCUAAUGUAUCUUUAAACAGAAUGCUUUUCUGCAUUCAGUUUAACACAGUUUUCAGAGCAGUUCUAAUUAAAAGAGUGCAGUAGCUAUAAGGACCUAGGAAAAUGUGAUAUACUCCAUUGCAGUGAUUAAAGAAGUGUGGAGCAGUGCCUUAGACUGUGAAUGUGGGUCUGUGCCAUAAUAGCUAUUCAGAAAUAAACAAGCCAAGGAGGCUGUAUGGAUUAGACUUUUCUCUUACUGAAAUUGUUCUUCUAAACUUUAAAAUUAUGACUCUAACUAUGUCGACAUACUUUAGCUGACUUACUUUCUUUCAUGUCAUUUUUGAAUGUAAAAACUUUGCUCCCUUUACUAGGGUCACUGUGUUUAUUUAUGCUUUUAUUUACAAUAAGACUGGUUCCUUCUUGGACACCCUUGCAUGCUGAGCAAAACGGGGAAACCUAUCAAAUAUAUGUAAAUAAAAUCAGAUAUAGUUGAAUUUGUGCAUCCGCUCAAAUGCGUCUUCCACCUUCAGUCAGUUUGUUAACUUUUUAAUCAACCUUUUUAACUUUCCUUUUUAGCUUCCUGGGAUCUUUGAUUAUUAUUUUUUUUUCAUAUUGUGCAGGUUAACCGGGUGAUGUUGCACUUUAAAAUGAGAAAGCCUCAGAGAAUGUCUUGGCUAACCUAUGAGAGAAUGAGCUCCGUCUGAGUAAAAUAACAUGUAUGAUUUUUCUAUGUGUCUUUGAUGGAAACCAGUGUCAUGUUUACUGCAAGCUCGAAUGAGAAGCAGGAUGGGGUUAGUGGCUGUGCAGAAACCAUUCUUUCAUUAUUUUAUUCAAAACUUUUUUUUUCCUCUUCUUUUGGCUCUCUGCCUCUUUUACUGUAAAAAUAAUGGGCACUGUAAUUUUUUUUUAUUUGCUCUGCUGAAAGGUUAACCCUGAAAAUUAUACACUGAUAUGCAAAAAUUACACUUGUAUCAUAAAAUGCAUGCCAUUCAGAUGUUCACCCUGACCCGAUGAAACCUCUGAUCUUUAUGCACCCUGUAUUUUAUGCUGAAUAACUGUUUUCACUGUUUGCAAGCAGAGACUUGAGUCGUCUUGCAGUCAACAGGGCUGUAUUUUUUAAUCAUACACCCUGGCCUUUCAUUGAAUGUUUGCAUAAAAUGUAAUAUCUUGCAUAAUCGACAGCAAAAUACUGAUUAAGAGUGGCAUACAUAAACUAACUACUCAGUUGAGUGUACAUCUAAAUCUUCAGACUAAGAAAAGAAAUGCACUGAAAAGUUUGUGCGUGUAUGUCUGUGUCCUCGAACAUGAUGCCAGCACUUUAGAACUACUUAGAAAACCGAAAGAAAAGAAAAAAAAAACAUCAAGGGUGACCAAGGCUACAGGCAACAGACAAGUAGAUGCAACUUUUAAAGCCAUGUGUUCAGAGCGCUGACAAUCAGAAAAGGGAUGAGGCCCACAGUGCACUAUGGGGGAUGUGAAAUGACUUGCUGUGCUUUUGCUAUUUGCUUUUGUCUUUCAGCUUGUUUCAUUCUGUACUGGCUUACUUUCAGAAUGGAGGGUCGAUGGUGUCAUCUGCAGCCUUCUUGGUUUUAUGUGUGUGUGUGCGUGUUUGCAGCAAGGACUGACUCAAACCUUGGUGCUCAUUGGGCAGAGCUGUCCUCAGUUGGCAUGGACCUUAUCUGCCGUUCUCUGGGCUUUUUGGUGACCUGAUGAUGGGCGACAACACAAAUGUUUAAAAAAAAAAAAAAAGAAAAACAAAAAAAGAAGGAAGAUUUUAUCAUGCAACUGCAUACUUUGAUCAUCGUGUUGUUUCCGACUAUCAGCAGGGCUUGGCCCAGGCAAAUUGGGAUGAGGCUAUUUUAGUGUUGAUACUGCUUCAUAAAAGAGACAAAAUGUUGAAAUGUUUAUGCGCCUUCUGACUCUCAAGCAUCAAUAAUAUAUACUGGAAAUGCAAGUUGCCACUUUCGAUGUUGCAAACAAAUCUCUUUCAUUCCCAUAAUUGUAUUUGCCUUCAUGGGUUUUAAGUUGUGUAUUCUAAGAGUACCUUAUUUCUUUAAAUGCAUUACGAAAACAUGUCUGCUUUCUAAUAAAAAAAAGUCCUUACUUCACCA